AUGACUAUCAAGGCCGGUGACAGCUUCCCCGAGGAUGUUAAGUUCUCUUACAUCCCCUGGGCCGAGGACUCUGCCUCCAUCACUUCUUGUGGUAUUCCCAUUAACUACAACGCCUCCAAGGAGUGGGCUGACAAGAAGGUCAUCCUCUUCGCUCUUCCCGGUGCCUUCACCCCUGUCUGCUCCGCCAACCACGUCCCCGAGUACAUUGCCAAGCUCCCCGAGCUCCGCAAGAAGGGCGUCGAUGUUGUCGCCGUCCUGGCUUACAACGAUGCCUACGUCAUGAGCGCCUGGGGCAAGGCCAACGGUGUUACCGGUGAUGACAUUCUGUUCCUCUCCGACCCCGAGGCCAAGUUCUCCAAGAGCAUCGGCUGGGCUGAUGAGGAGGGCCGUACUUACCGUUACGCCAUUGUCCUUGACCACGGCAAGGUCACCUACGCCGCCAAGGAGCGUGAGAAGAACGUCCUUGAGGUCACCUCCGCCGACCAUAUUUACAAGCAGUUGUAA